UAUGGUUUUCAACUUGUCUGAGAAACGCCAUGAUCUAUCGAAGUUAAAUGAACAGGUGCAUGAUUUUGGAUGGCCUGCUCAUUUAGCUCCACCUCUGGAAAAGCUAUGUAGUAUUUGCAAAUCAUUGGAUUCAUGGCUAAAUAGUGAUCCUCAGCAUAUAGGUGUCUUGCAUUCAAAAGGAGACAGGGGAAGAAUGGGGGUAGUUGUGGCAGCAUAUAUGCAUUACAACAACAUCUGUGCAAGUGCUGACCAGGCUUUGGAUCGAUUUGCUAUGAAGCGAUUUUAUGAUGACAAAUUGUCAACAGGAAUGCAUCCUUCUCAGAGAAGGUAUGUGCAUUACUUUGCUGGGCUACUGUCUGGUGCAAUAAAGAUGAAUAACAGUCCUUUGUAUCUUCACCAUGUUAUCAUUCAAGGUGUUCCAAAUUUUGACUUCAAAGGUGGAUGUAAACCUUUCAUUAAGAUCUACCAGGGAAUGCAACCUGUAUACACUUCAGGAGUUUACACUGUCACAGACCGAGCCAAGCGUGUCAUCAUAACUCUUGACCCCAGCUUGCCUUUAAGAGGAGACUUACUUAUAAAAUGUUAUCACAAGAAACAACGUCCCAUGGGGAGGUCAGUCAUUUUCAAGGUUCAGUUCCACACCUGUACAUUGAACAGUGAUAGUCUGGUGUUUAGAAAGGAUGAUCUGGAUGAAGCUAACACUGAUACUAGAUUUCCUGAAGAAGGGCGAGUUGAGUUCCAAUUUUCAUACCAUCCAGAAGAAUUUAGAGGAAAUGGAUCAGUAAAUGAUGCUAUGGUGCCAGUGGAUAACACUGGGGAUCCUAUAGUCCGAUGGGAUUCUUAUGAAAAUUUCUACCUUGCUCCAAAAGAUUCGUUAGAUGAUCUGGAUACACUAGAAACUGAACUCAAUAAAGUUUUGUUCAUUUUAGUUUUGGCUCUGGUAGUAUCAUCAUCUAAUGGUCAUUUCCACAAAAUGUGUAGCAGUCAUUGUCUGGAAGAUUUUCUAAGCAGGUCUUCAUGUUUGUACAAUGCUAACAGCCCUCGUGAACUGUGUGACAAGAUGAAACAACAAGUUCCUCACACAGAAGGCCCACUAGAUGGCAGUCUCUAUGCUAUGGUCAGUAAGAAGAAACCCCAAGUUGCUCCUGGUCACCCCCAAAUGACUGAUGAACUAAGUGAUCUUGAUGGACCUCAUACGAUCAGCAUGGACUCAGGAAUCUCAUCUUCUUCGGGAAUUCAAGGGCAAACAACAUUCAACUCUCCAGUGCCUGGCAAAACCAAUGGAGCUAAUGGCCCACCCUCACCUAAUACUAUAGAGGUAGAAGUCCACUGGCAACCCACUGUAGAAAGUAAUCACAAACCUACAUCAGAAAUUCCCUCUGUAAAAGAUGAACAAGCAGAACUUGAUCAACUGUUGGAUGGGAUGCUUCGAGAAAUUCAAAGCAUUCCUGAUAGGCCAUUAUCUAACUCUCCAAUUAAUGUUGUUACACCUUCCACCACACCAACCUACAAGACUUACUCUACUCUUUCAACCUCCAAACCAUCUCAGUAUAUAAGUCCUAAGCCCACACAUCAUACUUUUGCACAGACUUACUCACCCCCAAGUGGUAUUAUUAGUGUUAAUGGAACAAAACAAGUAGUAGGUCAAGUGGAUAGUCCAGCUAAGUCUGCAUCUAAAUGGACUCAUGAAGAGCUGUCCAGUGGAACAGAUGGAUACAGCAUGCCUCACCAUGCAAGAAAAUCUAGUGGACCAUUUUCUUAUGGCAUUAUUUCAAGUAAUGCAUCAAUACCACGACGAAGAACUCUAUCUGAAUCUCCCAUCUUGCCAAGUAGUAGGCGUGACUUAUCUUCCAGUCCUGAACCCAGUGGGUACGAUGACAAUUCCCUGACAUGGCUUCAGAAACAACAACUGAAAUUAAAGGCAAGAAGAGAAGGUCGUGGAUGGGACGACACCCAGCUACAGUUAAUUGACGAAUUUCAGAAUACACAUCCAAAGAAAGGUCUCUCAUCGAAUCCUGAGUUUUUGGAUGAAGGAAUCUUGACAACUGAUUUAUCAUCAUCAUCAAGAGAAAAUUCACCAGCAAAGAAUUUUAGCUAUACUAUGCCACUCCAUGUCCACGGCAUCAAUGGACACACCACAAGCCCAUCACCAUCAUCGGGUUUAUACACCACAGCUAAACCACCCAUUGGCAGAGGAACAAGUGCUCCGUCUUCACCAAUCAUCCCCUCUCGUAGCAGUAGCCGUGAUGUUACACGCAGCAGAUAUCAACAGUGGCAGAAUAACAACCGACCCUUGGUAAGGCAGCGUUCUGACACAUCUUAUGACAGAGAGAAACCUGUAGUUUCUAUGAAAGUCAUUCACCAGCAAGAACAGGACCCAACAGCUGUAAAUGAUACUACACCACAGCAAGUUGUUACUACUAGUACUAUAACAACAUACGGAAUAAUUUAUCCUUACAGUGAACAGCAGUUGCAUCUUCCUCAUCAAAACUUCCAGCCAGAUAACUCGCAUGCACUUCCUGCAGCAAAAACAGCCCCAUCUAGUGACAAGCAGAUUUAUAGCAAUGAGCCCAAAACAUCAAGUGACGAAGUUGUUGAUCCUGUUGAUCUACUGGCUCUUUUGAGCGACAUUCCUGGUGCUGAAGCAGCCCAGAAGCCCCAUUCACCUGAGCCAACACCUGGUUCUCCUUCUAAACUGGAAGAACUAGAACAUUCUCUUCAAGUGAUGUCUGUGCCCUCUCGCAGCCCAACCCAGAGCCCUCAGCCUCCACCUGUCCAGUGCAGUCAGACAUUUAUAACUUACCCCCAGUCUACUCCCAAUAAGACUGGAAGUAUUGUUGAAGGUCCUCCUACCUGGUCCCCCUCAGUGAUCAGUUCAAGUCCCCCAGAAAGUCCUACAAGGAUUGGAGAUCGUCCAGCUACUCCAUCUUUUCCCGUUGGAACCAGGACUCCUUAUGCUAACCAAGAAUCUCCUUCACCAGGUGCAGGCCUUCCACCCAAAAGUCCAACUUUAUCCCGCAAAGAUAGAAGCCCAUCUCCUGCGACUUUCCAAACCCUACGACAAGACUUAGUUAAUGUUCAGCCUGGCACUGGCCCUCACUCUGCUAAUGGACAGAGUUCACCAACAGUGUAUUUUGGGCAAUCUCGUCGAUCCAGCAUGUUAUCUCUGACAGAACCCUCAGAAGUUAUUACUCACCAUCCAGUCUUCGUAAAGGAUACAUCAAAAUUUUGGUACAAGCCAAACAUCAGUAGAGAAGAAGCUAUCAACAUAUUGAAAGACAAGCCUCCUGGUACUUUUGUGGUGCGAGACAGUAAUUCUUUCCCUGGAGCCUUUGGUCUUGCUCUGAAAGUGGCAAUACCCCCACCAAAUGUUCAAAACAAAUCAGGGGACAGCUCAAACGAACUGGUACGACACUUUCUGAUAGAGCCAACAUCUAAAGGUGUUAGACUGAAGGGCUGUCCUAAUGAGCCUGUCUUUGGAAGUUUAUCUGCUUUGGUAUACCAGCAUUCUAUAACUCCUUUGGCACUUCCAUGCAGACUCUUGCUUCCAGAAGCAGAUCCUUGUAAAGAGAUGGUAGAUGCUGUCCCAUCUGAAGAAUCCAGUGAUACAUCGUCAUUACUGGUUCAAGGUGCUGCUUGCAAUGUGCUAUACCUCAGCACAGUAGACAUGGAGUCAUUGACUGGCCCGCAAGCCAUUCGAAAAGCCAUUACAGAAACAUUAGCAGCAAAGCCUGCACCCACCCCGACUGUCGUACACUUCAAAGUUUCCACUCAGGGAAUAACCCUUACUGAUAGCAACAGAAAGUUGUUCUUCAGAAGACAUUAUCCAGUGAACAAUAUAAGUCAUUGUGGGGCUGACCCAGAAGAUCGCCACUGGGAACAAAAGAAUAAAGAAGGACAAACUGUAAAUUCCAGCCGAUGUUUUGGUUUUGUGGCUAAAAAGCCAGCCAGUAAGACAGACAACCAGUGCCAUGUUUUUGCUGAACUGGAACCAGAACAACCUGCAUCAGCCAUUGUCAACUUUGUGACUAAAGUAAUGUUGUCAGCUACACAGCAGACAAAAUCCAGCAUGAUUUAGGGUUCAGAAGGAAUGUUAAAAGGCAGCUUCAGAGGGUUAACUUUGAACUACACUUAUAUUGUACAGGGCACUGCUUUUUGAAACAUGUUUUGACUGUGGUCGGUAUACUGACUCCUUCUCAUUUGAAGGUUAGCCAGCUAGCUGUAAGUUUAAAUAAGUCAAGUGUGGUCAAUUCUCUGCCAAAACUGCAAUAUGACAGUUUUGACGAUGGGUCAGAAUUGGAUCUGAUUAAUGUUGAAAACAAUAAUAUCUCAUAAUAAUUACUAAGUCUACUUCUUAAUAACCCUAACUGUUAGUUUGAACUUCAUCACAGUUAGAUGUUACCUGACUUUUAGCUAGUUAUUAAAGCUGACCUAGUUGUGUGAUACGCAGAUUCAUACGUAGCUAUAGCUCAAACCUUUUUGGGUAAUUCAUACUGUUAAGUAUCGUAAUUCAUUUUUUAAUGCUUUGGCUUUUGCUUCAUCAUAGCUAGCUGUGACCUCUGCCUUUUAGUCAUGGAAGAUCUAGUUGUGUGAAUCCUUCUGAAAUUACAGAUAUUGUCACUGGUUUGAAGUGUAUGAAUACAAAAAGUUGACUAAAAGUGUUUUUGAUUCGUGAACUGAUUUGAGGGAGCUGUUGAAUAUCUAAAGGUAUAAAAAGAAGUUCUAGCAUAUACCUAUAAAAUAAACACUGCGAACAGUUUAUUUUGCUAACAUAAAAUAGUAUAUUAAAAUAAAAAGAGGGGAUAUCUUGGAAAGUAAAGUGUAUCAGAGAAUAUUUACAUGUUAACUCACAAUAUUUGACACAUAUGCUUUUGAUGUGAGACUAAUAUCAGUUUUUCCCUGCUUCUUUGUGUACCUGAGUUAAAACAAAUACAGUAACUGACUGUAUAGAAUGUUAUAGUAAGUUUAUUUUAUUUUUUGCAGUGUUGUAAAUAUCGUCUUCCAGUGAUUCCGAAGCACUUUCAAAUUGGUUAAUUGCUUAUUUUUGUUCUGAAUCUUUAAUUUUGGGUAUCUGAAAGUCUACAUGCUUAGCAUUAUUUCUUAUAAAGUGUGGUGUAAAAAUGUUUUCAAUAUUGAGUUUGCUUUGUGAAUCACCAUGAGGCAUUACAAGAGCUUCCGGUACAGGGUACCCAAAGUGAACAACAAAUUUAUUGUUUAAUAUUAUUUACUCUUCUUGUAUUAUACAGUUGUAUUACUUGAAUUGUUGGCUUUAAUAGUGCAGCUCUACAAGAACAGUUAAGAGCAUUUCUGGAGUAUCUAUAUAAGAAUAUGAAUAACCACAAGAAUACAAUAUGCUUCUGUUAGUUACAUUUGACCGACAAAACUAAUGCAGUCGGGUGCUGAAAGCUUGGUAAUAUCAGAAAUUUAAAUGAUCGUUGUUAAGUUGAAGUUUUAUGUAAUCAAGUCAAUUAAUCCAAUUAUUGUCUAUGUACUAAAAAUGUUAUGGUAUAUCUAGUUUAAAAAAUUAACAACCAAAAUUGAUGUGUUAAAAUAUUGUGUGCACAAUUCUUUUUUAUGUGUUAGAAGAUAUCUAACUUUUAACUGAUAUGUACAUUAUAACACUUUAUCUUGUUUUCAGUUGCUAAGUUUUUCGUUCAUUCACAUCAAGCUUAAAAGUAUGUGUAACUAAUCUUAAAGUGUUAAACUGUAUUUAGUGAUCUGUAUGUAUAAUACCUAUAAUUGUUUUCUACGUUAUCUAAACUAUUCUCAUAAUAUGUUUUUAGAUUUUUUUCACAUAGUCGUAAUGUCUUUUGAAGCUUAAUGAACCGAAAGGAUUGUUAUGAUAAUAAAUUCAGUUGCAAUUAUUAUGGAAAAUAAAACUCUUGACAUUUUUUGCUAAGAACAAUCAUUAGAUAUUUAUCUGCUAUUUUGUUCUUAAUGACUUGUAAUAUUCAUAAUGCAUUUUUUCUUUGUACAAAAUUUCAAGAUAUUUAUUUUAGGAAAUUCCUUUUUUCUUCUUGUUGUUAUUAUUAUUAUUAUUAAAAUCUUUAUUCACUUGAAAGAUGGUAUUCAAAGGAUACAAAAGUCUAAAUAAUUACCCUUUGCAAAUAAAAUAUUUCCUUAAGAAUUCACAUAGUGUAAACAAAAAAAAUACACCUCCCAUCCUUCUCCCCAGAAAGGAUCACUGAAGUUUCCUUUCUACUUAUAAAGCCUUAUCAUUUAGCCAUAUGACACAUUGAAAUGUGUCACAAAACUGUAUUUACAUGAUUAUGUUACAAAUGUUUCUGAUCUAAAAUUGAAUUAGUUUACUUCAAACACUGUAACUUUUGAUUAGAAUCAAAUAAUUGUGAUAUAAGGCUAACAAGCUAACUGGUGAAAGAGCGUUGGUAACUGAAUGAAAUUUUUGAAAGUUAUUUUCAUACAUAACAAAGUAUGUGUCUAGUAUAUGCUAUCAUGUAAGAAGAUGAUAAAAAAAUAUUAUAAUCUCGAGAGACAACCCUUAAACUGUAAAUGAUCAUUUUAAAGAUAUUAAACAAAUAUCGGUUUAAGUUGAACAUUUGUUAUCAAUAUCUAUAAUCAUUGAAACUGAUUAAAAGAAGUUGGAUCUUUUGUUUAUCAAUCAAAUCUAAUAUUUCAAAAUGAUUUCUAUCUUAAAUAUGUAUAGACUUUCCAAGUCCAUGUGCUUCUGUUAUAUAAAUUAUACCUAACUGGAAAAUUAACAAUGAUUAAUUCAACAGCUACUGAAGUUUAUUUUUGUGCAAAUCACUGUAGAUAUUGCUUGACAGCCAUGUUGUUUUGUAACCACCUUUCUGUGUUCAAAGCAAUGUUGAUUACUGCUUGAGAGACCAAAACAACAUAUUAUGCAAGUAACUUUUUUCACCUUAUAACAGAAACUGGGAUUUUGUAAAAAGCAGAAUAAUACGUAAUGUUUUUUUAAUGAUUUAAACAUUGGUAUCUCUUUCUGUUUACAAUAAAAAUUAGUUUUAUGAAAAAUUACUUAAAUUUUAAUAGUACCUAAUUUUCGUAAACGAUACCACCUAUUUUUUGUGUGCGAGUCAAGGGAUAAUCAUGACAGUUGUCUUUUUUUUUGGUAUAUUUGGGAAAAUAUGGGCAAUUUUGGUGUUAUGUAAUAACUACAUUAUGCAUUGAUUUAAAAAGUUGCUUGAAUGGUGAGGCCAUAAUCUCGUGCCAAGAAGCUAUGUAGUGUGUAUAGAUUUUGUUGCUUAUUAAUAAAUUAUGAAAAAAGUA